AUGUCUGACGCCGCCGACCAGCAGGCCCGCGAGGCCGCCGAGAAGACGCUCUUCGACCUCGGCAUGAAGCAGCGCCGCACCGUCCUCGGCGACAAGUACGUCGACAACCAGCUGGCCACGCGCAAGUCCGAGUUCUCGCGCCCCGCACAGGAGUACAUCACCCGCUCGGCAUGGGAGGGUCUCUGGUCCCGUCCGGGCCUUGAGCUCAAGUACCGCUCGCUCGUCGUCAUCACCAUCCUCGCAAUUGGCGGACACAAGGCCGAGCUGGCGGCGCACACGCGCGGCGCGCUGCGUAACGGCCUGACGGAGGACAACAUCCGCGAGGCGAUGCUGCAUGUCACGGGUUACGGCGGGUUCCCGAAGGGUCUUGAGGCUUUCCGCGUGUGCGAGGAGGCGAUCGAGGCGUACCGCGCCGAGGUGGCCGCGGAGAAGGGCGAGGGCUCGUCGACUGCGUAA